AUGCGUCGUCUUACGCCUAGACUAUUUUGUUUAUUAGAACUGUACCAAAAGAUUUUCCUACACCGAGAUUACUUAAUUAAUAUUUACCAUAUGACAUAUAAUUUCUUGUUUAUUUGUAGUAGUUUAUUUUCGGAAGUUAAUGCUUGCAAAUUAUCUCGGCAAUUUUUUGCAAUUUUUGAAAAUCAUCCGAAAUAUUAUGCAUAA